AUGGAAGCAACAUCUGAUAUUCGUCCUUGGGAUGAGUUGAUCCCUGAUAUCUUGGGGCUGAUUUUCGUGAAACUAUCACUUGAUGAGCGAUUGAACGUGAUCCCAAGGGUCUGCCCAUCAUGGAACAGUGCUGUAAAAGGACCUUAUAGCUGGCGAGAAAUAGACAUCAAUCAUGACUGGAGUAGCAGCUAUGAGCCUCAUCAAAUUGAGUGUUUGGUUCAAAUGCUAAUCGCCAGAAGCUCUGGAUCGCUCCGAAAACUCAACGUUUACGGACUCCAAACUGAGAAGAUUUUCACUUUCAUUGUUGAAAAUGCUGGUGGCUCUCUCCAAAACUUGGGCCUACCAAGAUGCAAUCUGAAUGAUUUUAUAGUUGAACAGAUAACUGAAAAGUUUUCAAUGAUUUCCAUCUUGGAUUUGAGCUACUGCAUGAAAAUUAGUAUCAGUGCUAUAGAGACAAUUGGCAAGAAUUGCAAACAUUUGGAAGUUUUCUGUAGGAAAAUGCAUCCAUCGGAUACUCCAGUAGAGGCCGAUGAAAAUGCUGAAGCAUUCACAAUCGCCUCUACUAUGCCAAAGCUGAAGCAUCUUGAAAUGAGUUACAAUCGUAUCAACAAUGAUGGUGUUAAGAAAAUCCUCUCAUCAUGUCCUAACCUUGAAUUUUUGGAUUUGAGGGGUUGUUGGGAUGUUGAACUCGACGACAUGAAUGUGAAUGAGAAUUUUCCGAAUCUCCAGAUUUUGGGGCCUCAAGUUCUUGGUUAUUAUGAGAUGGAAGAUUCUUUGGAUUCUUCUGAUUCUGAGCUUGAAUAUGAUUUGUCUGAUGAAGAAGGGAUUGAUGAGCUUGAGUUUAGGGUUUAUGAAGAAGAAGUUAUUGAUGGCUGGAAUUGACUCACAUUGACCGGUCUCCAUCUCUAAGAUAUGUGUUGUUGUUUCAUUGUUAAUUGUAUGGUUUUAUGUUUUCUGUAAUAUUAAUGCUUCUAUGCUUUAAAGUUUGAACUUUAUUAAGCUCAUUGCAUAAAAAUGUGUCCAAGAAUAUGAAGCAUUUGGGCAUCUUGUUAAAACUUAAGACGUUUUUACAUCUAAGUACUAUAUGUUAAAGUUUCUAAA